AUGGCUCUGAAUGCGACAAGAGAGAGUCCCAAUAUUGAUCCUCAGUCAGACGAAAAUAGCAUCGCUCUAGAAGCAAAAAGGGGUAUAUCCACUCCAACCGACGAAGCGACACCGUCCUCGCAAGCAGCGUCGAGUGCUUACCUUGUACCCAACAACGAGUCUAGCUGGCACAUUCCGGAGUUCUGCGUGGACUUCUGCGAUGACGACCCCGAGAACCCCAAAAACUGGAAGACUUGGUACCAGGUCUGCGCGAUCAUGGCCAUAACAUACACUGCAUGGGCCACGGUCCUCUAUUCGACGUGCUACUCCAGCGGCAUCACGGGGAUGAUGGUCGAGCUGGGUAUUGCCAGCGAAACGGUCGCCAACCUGGGUAUUUCGCUCUAUCUGAUUGGGUGGUCUGUCGGAGCGCUUGUUCUCGCUCCAUUGAGUGAGACAUUUGGACGGCGACCGGUGUACUUUGUUUCCUUACUGGUCUACGUAGGCCUAAUUCCAGCCGCUGCUAUGGCCGACUCGUUUGCUGUCGUCCUGGUGGCACGCGUCUUGGGGUCUAUUUUCGGUGGUGUGAUGAUCACCCUUGCGCCGGGGAGCCUGGUCGAUACCGUGCCCAGUUCACGACUGGCGCUGGCAAUGUCAGUAUAUUCCAUUGGUCCAUUGAAUGGGCCAGUAACUGGACCGAUUAUAGGUGGAUUUGUCUACGAGCGCUGGGGCUGGCGAGGCAUCAACUGGUUCAUCAUGAUCAUUUCCGGGGUGGGAUGGCUGCUGAUGAGCUGCAUCAAAGAGACGUACCAGCCCAUCAUCCUGCGUCGACGCGCAGCCGCUAAGCGUCAGUCCACCGGUGAUCUACGCUGGUGGUCGAAGCACGAUGAGACAAUCCCCCUUCAGCAACGCCUCCCUACGGCUAUUUGGCGGCCCAUCCAACUGUGCAUCACCGAACCCGUGCUGUGGUUUUGGAAUUUGUACAUCGCCGUCAUCUACGCCGUCCUCUACCUCUGUUUCAUCGCCUAUCCCAUCGUCUUCUCCGACCUCCGGCACUGGUCCCCCGAGAUCUCCGGCCUUGCCUUCGUGGGAGUGCUGAUCGGCAAUACGCUGACGGUCUUAUGUGAGCCCAUGCUGCGGCGACUGAUAAAUCGACAUCCAGUCGAUGCGCGAACAGGCAAACGCGCCCCGGAGUCAGCCGUCUCCGUCAUUAUCAUCGCUGCCGUGCUGGCUCCAGUCGGGCAAUUGAUCUUCGCGCUGACCUCACUUCCCACCUCGAUUCCCUGGAUCGCGUCUAUCAUCGGUGGUGUCCUCUUUGGGUUUGGCAAUACAGUCAUCUUCACCUACGGCACGAACUAUGUGGCGGCCUCAUAUGGGAUGUUUGCCUCGUCGGCUCUGGUGUCCAAUGUCGUCUGCCGGUCGCUCCUGGCGGCAGGCUUGGUCGAAGCCGGCGAGCGAUUCUACCACGCGCUGAGUCCACGCUUGGCCGGGAUUGUUCUGGCUGCCUUGGAAUUUGGGCUGAUCCCAAUCCCGGUGCUGUUCUAUAUCUGGGGGCACAAGGUGCGGGUUCGGAGUCGGGCGCUGAAGAGAUUGAAUACAGAGUCUGCAUAA